CUCCGACUUCUUGUGUCUCUCACCGCCAUCGAAUCGCAUUAGCUUCAAAGUUUCAUUUUGACUUCUCCUUCCAUCGAACACUGUAGAAACGAAAACUUCUUUUAACAUUACGUGAAAUCGAUUGGGUUUUUCGGAUCCGAAGAUCCGAAACACUCGAGAAUGAACCCGGAGAUAGCGAGUUUGGAUUACUGGUUUAAUUGGAGAGUGUUGCUAUGUGCGGUGUGGGUGUUGUCUCCGAUGGUUGUUGCUUUGUUCGUUAUAUGGAAGUACGAAGAUAGUUCAGUUGAGACUCAGCGUGGUAGUGAAGAUGGUGAUGAUGAUGAUGAUGCUCUGUGCGUUGAUGAUGGUUGGAGACCUUGUUUUGAAAUGAUACAUCCGGGUUGGUUACUUGGUCUCCGGGUUGUUGCUUUGUGUUUUCUUCUAGCGACCAACAUUGUUCGGUUAGCUCUUCGUGGGUGGCGUAUCUACUACUAUUACACUCAGUGGACGUACACGUUGAUAGCAAUCUACUUUGGGAUGGGUUCACUGCUUUCAGUUUACGGGUGUUUUCAACACAAGAAGCAACUGGGCAUAACGGCUGAUCAAGUAGGAAAUGAUGCAGAGAGUGGAUUACGUUUGCCUCUUAAUGGGGAGAAGAAGGUUUUGCUCGAGAAGAGUAAAUCUUCUGAUUCGAAGACACUACGGUCUUCUGUUCAUCUCUUCCAGAUUAUAUUUCAGAUGAGUGCUGGAGCAGCUGUGCUUACAGACAGUAUCUACUGGACAGUGAUCUUCCCGUUUUUGUCUUUACAAGACUAUGAGAUGGGUUUCAUGACUGUGAAUUUGCAUACGAGCAACCUCUUUUUGCUGCUUUGUGACACAAUUCUCAACCGUCUGAGGUUUCCCUUGUUCAGGUUCUCUUACUUCAUCUUGUGGACUGGAAUUUUCGUUAUUUUCCAAUGGAUUCUCCAUCUUUUUGUCUCCGUUGGGUGGCCAUAUCCAUUUCUCGACCUGUCACUUCCUAUGGCUCCAGUGUGGUAUUUGUUGGUAGCACUCCUGCAUCUACCUUCUUAUGGCCUCUAUGCACUAUUCGUCAGAAUCAAAUACAAACUGAAGAGUUUUGCGUCGUAAGAAUCAAUCCUCAUUUCAUUUUAAAGGGUUUCAAGUUGAAAUGUAAACAUAAGUUUUAUUAUACCCUUAUGUCUAAAAAAAACCUCAGAACAUAUGAAUAUGAUCACCACAGUUUUCUCAAACCAUCCCCCAAAUGUUUUUGUUGAUGGAUAAAGCUUUGUAUCUGCUGAUCCAGUUCGGUAUCAUGGAUUCUCUUAUGCAAUGCAUUAGCUCUGAUC